AUGGCGUCCAUGAACGACGCCCGCGACAUCAUGGGCCUUCAGCCCGGCGAGGCGCUCCCAAAACCGCCGCCCGCGAAAAAGCAGAAGACGGCGCAGCCCAAGCCGCGGAUAACUGGUAUCAACCGCGAAGUACAAGCUCUGUAUGGCGAGCGCGCGCCGCCCGUGGCGGUGGUUGAGGCAGGGAAGAGCUAUCAGCCGAAGAGGAGAUGGGGCGCUAAUAAGGGUCCGGCGGCGAAGUGGCAUUGGCGGCGCUUGCAACCCAACGAUGUCAACGGAGACGUAGCCAUGGGAGAUGCGGAGAAUCAGGACGGCGGCGCUGCUGCCGCCGCCACGGCUGCGACGGAACCUCGACUCGAGACGAACUACGAGUAUGCGAAGUUUAACAUCCAACCCGAAGGACCGGAGUACGAUGAUGAGACGUACGAGGCGCACCUGCGUAGCGAGGAGUGGAGCAAGGAAGAGACGGACUACCUGGUCGAGACGGUUAAGGAUUAUUAUCACCGCUGGGCCAUCAUUGCGGAUCGCUACGACUGGCAGCCGGCACAGCCGAAGGUGGAACCGGACGCCGCUGAGGGAGGAGCGGUUGCGGCGCCGGCGAUCGUGCCGAAGCCGAGGACGAUGGAGGAUUUAAAGGCGCGGUACUAUCAGAUCAGCGCAAAGCUGAUGGAGCUCAAGACACCAAUAGCCUCCAUGACGAACGCCGAAUUCGGGCUCCACGAGAUUCUAACUAGGUUCGACCCAGACCGGGAGAAGCAGCGGAAGAAGGUGGCGGCGGCGCUGCUGGAGCGAACAGCGGACGAGAUCAAGGAGGAGCAGUAUCUGCUGGGCGAACUGCAGCGGAUCAACACGAACUACGAGAAGCUAUCAACGGAGCGAGAUGAAGUGCGGCAGCGGCUGUUCGCACCGCCGACGCAGGGCAGCACCAGCACGGCCUCGCAGUUCCAGUCCAGCCACGCGCUCUCGCAGCUUUUCAACCAGCUUCUGCAGCAGGACCGCAGCAAGAAGCGCAACGGCCGCCUGUCACUCAACACCGCCGACCAAAUCUCAACCCCGUCCGGCCAACAGACACCCAUGACGGCUGGAGGCAACCGCGGCGACGGCGGUCUCGCAUCGGCCAACAGCAUGAACAAGAGCGGUCGUCAAUCCAUAAACACGCCCGGGGCCAGCGGCAAUCAGCAAGGCUCGGGCGGUGCAUCGGGCUCCUCGGCCCAGCAGCACCACCCGUCGCAGCCACCCCGCACGCUAACGCCGCGGGCGAUGCAGCGGCUAGGCGUGACGCACCACGACCGGCUAUCAUCCGGAGUGACCUUCAAGAGCGACCGGCUGCACAAGUUGCGGAUGGCCAAGUCGACGAUCCAGACGCAGAAGAUCCAGCAGGCACUGGCGGAGCUGCGUAUUCCGGAGAUUAUCGCACUACCGACAUCGACAGUGUGCGACGAGUUCGAGGUGCUGAUCAACAAGAUUCACCGGUUGUUGGAUUUGCGGAAGUUGUUGGAUAAGGAAGAGAGCGAGGUUGCGGUUGCGGAGAAUGUGAGAAAGGAGAGAGAAAGGAGGGAGAGGGCGGAGAGGGGAGAGCCGGAGCCGGAAGAAGAGGAAGAAAGCUCGCAGCAGCAGCAAGAACAAGAAGGAGCUGAGGGAAGUGGAGAAGGCCAGAGGGAUAUUACUAUGGACAGCGGCGCCGAUGCAGAUGCGGAUGCGGACGCUGAUGCUGACGGCGAGGCGGAAGACGCCGACGGCGAGGUGGACGAUUCGCAGCAGGCUCAGUCAUCAGCCGCUGCGGCGUCUGGGGAGCGAAAGACGAAGACAGAGCAGGGGGAUACGGAGAUGAUGGAUGCUUCUCCCGCUGAUGCGGCCGAGGAGGAUGGAGCCGGGAUGAACGGCGUGAAGGAGGAGAUUGCUAGCCCUGCUCCCUUGGCUGAAGGCGGUGGUAGGAGUGCUAGCGUGGCUAGUCAAGGGAGCGGCGCCGGCGGAAAGAGGAAUAAGAAGUGA